AUGGCCGUCGCUCUGCUCGUCGCCGUACCCCUGCUGCUGCUGCAGGCGCCCGCCGAGAGCGGUGCCCACUACGAGAUGAUGGGCACCUGCCGCAUGAUCUGCGACCCCUACGGGCAGCCCCGGCUUCCCCGCAUCCCCCCUCCGCGCUUCGCGGCGGGAGGCUAGGGGGAACCGGGCCGGCCGGGCAAGCCGGGACCCCGCGGCCCCCCCGGGGAGCCGGGCCCGCCGGGCCCUCGGGGGCCUCCGGGGGAGCGGGGGGAUGCGGGGAAGCCGGGGCUGCCCGGGCUGCCGCUGGCGGGGACGGGCGGCGGCGGCAGCGGCGGAGGAGCGGCGGCGGGCGGCGAGGCGGCGGGCGGGCUGAGCGCUGCCUUCGGGGGGCCGCGCAUCGCCUUCUACGUGGGGCUGAAGAGUCCCCACGAGGGCUACGAGGUGCUCAAGUUCGACGACGUGGUGACCAACCUGGGCAAUCACUACGAGCCGGCCAGCGGCAAGUUCACCUGCCAGGUGCGCGGCAUCUACUUCUUCACCUACCACAUCCUUAUGCGGGGCGGCGACGGCACCAGCAUGUGGGCCGACCUCUGCAAGAACGGGCAGGUGCGGGCCAGCGCCAUCGCGCAGGACGCCGACCAGAACUACGACUACGCCAGCAACAGCGUGGUGCUGCACCUGGACUCCGGCGACGAGGUGUACGUCAAGCUGGACGGAGGCAAGGCGCACGGGGGCAACAACAAUAAGUACAGCACUUUCUCUGGCUUUCUUUUAUACCCCGAUUAA